UAUAAAUAAUUUUAUCACAAAUUAAUUAUUUUAAAACUUUCAUCUUAAUAUAGAAUAAAAUAAUAUUAUAAUAAAUUUGGAAAACAUUAAAUCCCAACACUGAAUUAAAUUAUCGUUAUACCUAUUACCAAACUAACUGGCACAUAUAAAUAAUACCAAACACCCACCCUUACAUCUCCUCUUCCAUAGAUCCUCUUUACUUUUCUCUCUCUAAAUUUUUAAGUGAGAGAAAAAGAGGAAUCAAGAAUCAAAUCAAAUCAAAAAUAAAAUUAUGGCUUUAUCAAACACCUUAUCAUUGUCAUCAUCAAAAUCCCUUGUUCAAUCUCACCUCCAUAACCCAUCACCCCAACCCCAUUUUACCCUUUUUCCCAAUGGGCGGCGCCACCCCAUAUUCGCCGUGCAUGCGGCGGAGCCAGCCAAGACAAGUAGUAGUACAGUUAAGCAAGGGGGAAAAUGGAAUCUUGAUAGUUGGAAAAGUAAGAAGGCAUUGCAAUUGCCUGAAUAUCCUGAUGAGAAGGAACUUGAAUCUGUGCUUAAAACACUUGAAUCAAAUCCACCACUUGUGUUUGCUGGUGAAGCAAGGAGUUUGGAAGAGAAGCUUGGUGAAGCUGCAUUAGGGAAAGCUUUUUUGUUGCAAGGUGGUGAUUGUGCUGAGAGCUUUAAGGAGUUUAAUGCGAAUAAUAUUCGUGAUACUUUUAGGAUUUUGCUUCAGAUGAGCGUUGUUCUUAUGUUUGGUGGACAAGUACCUGUUAUUAAGGUUGGAAGAAUGGCGGGUCAGUUUGCAAAACCAAGAUCAGAUCCAUUUGAGGAGAUAAAUGGAGUGAAGCUUCCAAGUUACAAGGGUGAUAACAUCAAUGGUGAUACAUUUGAUGAGAAGUCAAGAAUUCCAGAUCCUCAUAGGCUUAUUAGGGCUUACAUGCAAUCUGCUGCGACUCUUAACCUUCUUAGAGCUUUUGCUACUGGAGGUUAUGCUGCAAUGCAAAGGGUCACUGAAUGGAAUCUUGAUUUUGUUGAGAACAGUGAGCAGGGAGAUAGGUAUCAAGAACUAGCUCACAGGGUUGAUGAAGCGUUAGGAUUCAUGGCUGCUGCCGGACUCACAAUUGACCACCCGAUCAUGUCAACAACUGAUUUCUGGACAUCCCACGAGUGCUUGCUUCUUCCUUAUGAACAAGCACUUACAAGGGAGGACUCAACUUCCGGUCUUUUCUAUGAUUGUUCUGCUCACAUGAUUUGGGUUGGGGAACGAACCAGGCAACUAGACGGUGCUCAUGUCGAGUUUUUGAGAGGAGUAGCAAACCCUCUUGGCAUAAAGGUGAGCCAAAAGAUGGAUCCAAAUGAGCUAAUUAAACUCAUUGACAUCCUGAACCCUGCUAAUAAGCCUGGAAGAAUAACUGUAAUUGUUAGAAUGGGUGCUGAGAACAUGAGAGUGAAACUUCCCCACUUGGUCAGGGCAGUACGAGGAGCUGGUCAGAUUGUGACAUGGGUUUGUGAUCCAAUGCACGGGAAUACCAUCAAGGCACCAUGUGGACUUAAAACCCGUGCUUUCGAUUCAAUCCUGGCUGAGGUCCGAGCUUUCUUCGAUGUGCAUGAGCAAGAAGGGAGCCACCCUGGUGGUAUUCAUCUAGAGAUGACGGGGCAAAAUGUGACUGAAUGCAUUGGUGGAUCACGAACAGUAACCUAUGACGAUUUGGGCUCUCGCUACCACACUCAUUGUGACCCAAGACUGAAUGCUUCCCAAUCUCUCGAACUUGCCUUCAUCGUAGCUGAGCGACUAAGAAGGCGAAGAAUGGCCACUCAACGCCUAUAGGCUUCUCUAAUCUACCCGUUUUUGUUUAGUCUGCGUGCAGUCUUGUUCUUUUGGUAUCCAAUAAACUCGGUUACCAGCCAUCCUCUCAAAACUUAUAUAUAUAUGGCCUAUGGCCAUCUGAGCUGCUGUUUGGAACCAAUGUUUCUUGUUAAAAAACACAGGCAGCACAAUUUGCCAGAUGAAGUAAAUAGGUUUCGUUCAGAGCUCAAGUCGAUUUAUCCGCUAUGUGUUCUAUUUAUUAUGUUAGUUUGGACUGUUUCCUUCUCUUGAUGUAUGAAUGUUAUUUUGAGUUAUUGGUUUUGCUGUUUUAGUCUGA